CAGUGUAACCACAUGACUGACGAGUGCUCACUGAAAGAAAUGUUGAUGUAGCCGUGCUUUAUAGAAUGGCAGGAAAUACAUCACUAGCAGCAAUCCUCAUGCUACUCGCAGGAGUCCAGGCUCAGCAGAGUGUAACUCUCUCCUCUCAGAGUCUCUGUGCUGUUACUGGAUCUACAGUAAAAAUCUCCUGUAAAUAUACAACACCUGAUUAUUAUAGUGUUAGUAAGAAAGAGUGGUAUCAGCUCCAGAACUCUGAUGGAGAAGAACGAGUCCUGACCUACAUUCCAGGACGGGUUUCUGUAAGUACAUGGUGGAAUGACUGUGAUCUGACAGUGAGGGAUGUGAGAGUGAGAGACUCUGGAGUUUAUAACUUCAGAUUCAGAACAUCAAGCAGUGACUGGAUAUCAGCUUCAUCUGGAGUUAAUCUGACUGUUACAGAAUUGCAAGUGAAAGUGGAUCAUAAGACUGCAGGACAGAGAAAAGUAAAAGUGAUUUGCAGCUCCACUUGCAGUCUCAGAGAAAAACUUUACUACAACUGGUACAGGAGGAACAUGCGAUUCGAAUCACAUAUACGUGACAACUUCAUUCUGCUCAACUCAAAGAGCUUAUCUGAUGAGGGCAGCUACUCUUGUGAGGUGUCUGAUGGCAGUAUGUGGCGCCGCUCGAAACCAGUGUGUAAGUCCCAGACAUGGCCAGUCCGUCAGCAUCAAACUGAAGAAUAUUAAAAAAACUGACAAAAUAGUGAAGCUAAUGUUGUCUCUUUAAGUAUUAUUCAAAAUAAUUAGGGAUGCAUGAUGAUAUCGGAAUCAUGUCGGUAUCAGCUGAUGUUUUUUAAAAAUCAUCAUCAUCGCUCCAAUGCUUAGAUUUGGCCGAUAUUUCAA